AUGGAUAAUCGACGAAGGUUAAAUGGAAGGGUGCGAGACAAGAUUUACAAGUUGAUAAAGUCGUCGUCGUCAUCAUCAUCAUCAUCAUCAUCAUUGUCGUCGUCUGGCUCUGGUUCUCCUGAUUCUUCUGCUCCUGAGUCUUUACCAGCAAAGAAAAACAGUUGGGUUCUACCUAGUUUUGAGAAGCUAGAUCAGAAAAAUACAAUUGAAGGCAAGAACACUAAAAAGAAAAGUAUCAGUGAAAAUAAAAAUACCACUAUAAAUAGAAAUACAUUGGAGAAUGAUAGUGGAAGUGAAAAACUUUUAUCAAAAAAGAAAAAGAUCAACAGCCAUGCUGAAAAAUUUGAAUUUGUUAACAAAAUGGAUUUGAACAAAAAUAAAAUCAAUGUGGAUAAGAUAAUUGCGUCUAAUAACGAAUACAGUGCCGAAGAAAUUCUUAAAGAAAAACAAAAGCUUAAAAGAUUGUUCAAAAAUAAAUCUACGCCUGAGUGGAUGAAAAAACAAUUGACCUUUAAAAUUAAACUCAAGAAUGAAAGGUGGAAUCCUCAAAAGAAAUUGAGCCGAGAACAAAUGGAAAUGCUUCGAACAAUUAAAACAGAGGACCCUAGUGUUACGGUUAAAGAGCUAAGUAAGCUUUAUGGGAUUUCGCCUGAAUCAGUUACAAGAAUUUUAAAAUCCAAAUGGAGACCAACAAUUGAAGAAGAAAAUAAACAAGAGGAGAAAAGAAGGAAACGACUAGAGGAAUACCAUAAAAUACAAUCUAAAACCAAGGAUAGAUUAUUUAAGAAAAUGGAGAUAAAUCAGGAAAAUAAACCUGGUGAUUUGAAAAUAGUUGAGAGAAGAUAUAAAAGUAGAGCCUUUGAACCUCAUAAGAAAUCAUGGAGAAAUGAAGAAAUAUAA